UAGAAAACUGGCAUUCUUCAAUCUCGCGAAUUCUUAAAUAAAUAAGAAGUGAAGUCUAAAUGAAUGAAUAUUAUUAGAUGUUGUUAUACUUGUUGGGAAAAUCCUUUGAGACUGUCACUCUGCACAUUCUCUUCCACUUCGACUCGUAUAUCGUUCGAACUUGAAAGGUGCGAAUCAGAAAAACUCGUUGGAAUAAGAAUGCCGAAUAUCUCCGACUCGGAUUAUGUCGGACAUGGCGCCAAUUUUGUCCGGUCCGGCAUCAGCAUUGUCUUUGUAGCCCGUUGGCGCUUGAUCCUCACACAUAGCUCCAGCAAUGACUGACAGCACUUGAUACCUUUUCUUCCACCUUUCCUUCAUACAUCCAUAAUGGACGUCCCCAUUGACAACUUUCCUUCGACUCCGUCCCCGGCUGCGCGGGCCAUCAAGGACAUUGCGUUCGGUUCCGCAGCAGGGAUGGUCUCCAAGGUCUUCGAGCAUCCGUUCGAUUUGACCAAAGUACGGCUUCAAUCUCAAGUGCUGGAUGCUUCUGCGCGCUUUUCUGGGCCUAUUGAUUGCCUGACGCAAACGUACUUAAAAGAGGGUGUGAGGGGACUAUACAGGGGCCUGCCAGCCCCCAUAGUAGGCGCCAUGGCCGAAAACGCUUCCCUCUUUCUCACGUAUUCUUCUUUCCAAUCUCUCAUCCGGACUGUUGCACAUCUCCCAGUCGAUGAGCAGCCGAUACUACCACUCCGCUACCUCUGUCUCGCAGCAGCGGGUGCUGGUGCUGUGACGUCCUUCCUACUAACGCCGAUUGAGCUCGUCAAGUGCAAAAUGCAGGUCCAGAUGUUGCUUCCCCAGAACGCGUCCCAUUCUACUCCCCUACCGGGCCCAAUAAAGGUCCUUACGUCAAUAAUACGCACGACGGGACUCCGAGGCCUAUGGUUAGGUCACACAGGGACGUUCAUCCGCGAGACGGGCGGGACAGCCGCGUGGUUCGGGACGAAGGAAUUUGUCGCGUCGCGUCUGUUGGCGAGGCAUCCUGAGGGUAGCCCUGCGACGCUGGCGUCGUGGGAGUCUGCCUUGUCCGGUGCGUUUGCAGGCGCGUCGUUCAACUUGGCGUUGUUCCCGGCGGAUACGGUGAAGAGCACGAUGCAGACUGCUGAUGAGCUGAGGGGGCCGUCUGGUUUGAAGGUGAGUUUUGUGAGGACGUUUAGGGAGAUGUACGCUGCCCAGGGUAUCCGGGGCUUGUAUGCGGGGUGUGGGAUCACGAUUGCGAGGAGUAUACCUAGUAGUGCGAUUAUAUUCGUGAUAUAUGAUGAGUUGAAUAAGCGGUUUUCAUAGCGGGAAAUGAAGGAUGUGUAGAUUAAUUAGCGUAGAUCUUGUAUCUCUAGUAACAGCCCAUAGAGUUUGUGAAACAGAAAGAUAUUGCUUUAAGCGCUUGAGUUUGAGGGACGUACAUGUAUUUAGAUAUAAUUGAGUGGUGCCUGCAAG